AUGGCUCCCCCAUCGUCGUCCGCCAAGGAGCCGUUUCCGCUCUUAAAUGUUGAUGCCGAUUCGUCCUUUACGACACAGAGCAACGGCGCCGCAGCAUCAGGGUCGCUUGCUAACGGCAACGGCAACGUUGCCCACCGCAGAAAGCAGUCCGGAGGCAGCCAUGGCAACCUGGCUACCAGCCUGGCCCAUUUGAACGGCGUCGAUCCCUCGGCUGCCAAUGGCAAGCCCCCGCACGCAUCUGCUAACCCAAGCUUUCCGCCGCAGAAACAGGACCUUUCCCGGGACAGGCGCGUGUCAAAACGGCGUAAGGCCCGUUCGUUGGCCCGCCGCGUCAAGCAGUAUACCGUGCGUCACACGUGGGCGCUGCCCCUGGCUCUUCUUCUCUUCAUGCUCGCCGGCUACGCUGCCUACCCGACCGAGGCCAACCCGUUGCACCACUUCAUAUUCCUCUCGUACAAGCUGCCAUUGGCACCCGACGCCGCCCCUGGCACCCCCGCACAAUACGGGAAGGGCCUCUGGGACAUUGCCUUUGUCGCGUUCUACACGGUUGUCCUGUCCUUCACGCGGGAGCUCAUCAUGCAGGAGCUCCUCCGCCCCCUUGCCCGGUACUUUGGUCUUCGCUCCCGUUCCAAACAGGCACGGUUCAUGGAGCAGAUGUACACGGCGCUGUACUUUGGCAUUCUCGGCCCGGCCGGUGUCUUCGUCAUGUCCCGCACCCCUGUGUGGUUCUUCAACACCCGCGGCAUGUACGAGAACUCGCCGCACUGGACCCACGAGGCCUACUUCAAGUUCUACUACCUGUUUCAGGCCUCGUACUGGUCCCAGCAGGCCAUUGUGCUGCUGCUCGGCAUGGAGAAGCCCCGCAAGGACUUCAAGGAACUCGUCGGCCACCACAUUGUUUCGCUCUCUCUGAUUGCCCUGAGCUACCGCUUCCAUUUUACCUACAUUGGCCUGGCCGUCUACAUCACCCAUGAUAUCAGCGACUUCUUUCUUGCUACCUCCAAGUCGCUCAACUACAUUGACGGUCCCUUCAUGGGGCCCUUCUACUUUUUGUUUAUGUGCGUGUGGAUUUACCUCCGCCACUACCUCAACUUGCGCAUCAUCUACAGCCUCUUCACCGAGUUCAAGACUGUUGGACCCUAUGAACUGGACUGGGCCGGCGAGCAAUUUAAGUGCCCGCUUGCCUUUGUGAUCACGUGUGGGUUGCUUUCCGCGCUUCAGGCGCUCAACAUCUUUUGGCUCUUUUUCAUUAUUCGGAUCGCCUAUCGUUUUGUUGUGCAUAACGUUGCCAAGGACGAUCGCAGUGACGGAGAGGACGACACCGAGGUCGACGAGGCUGCCAAAGAUAUUGCCGUCGUUGACGAGUCGGCGUCUCUGCUCGCCACCCAGCUGUCCAACGGAAAUGGCUCCGUUGCCGCCAACGGCAAGCCAGCCAAGAGAAACCGAGUCGGGCAGUAA